GGAAAUUAGGGAGAUCGUGAGAGAAAGGAUGGAAGCAAAUUUUGCAAGGGGGAGGAUGAUAACGGUGCUGAGCAUCGACGGCGGGGGAAUAAGAGGGAUUAUUCCGGCCACCGUACUCAGGUUUCUUGAAGCCAAGCUUCAGGAAAUCGACGGUCCAGAUGCGAGAGUGGCGGAUUAUUUUGAUGUGAUCGCCGGAACGAGCACCGGCGGGUUGGUGACCACCAUGAUUACGGCUCCGAAUGACCUGAAUCGGCCUAUGUUUGCGGCGGCGGAUAUCGUCCACUUCUACUUGGAUCACUCUCCCCGUAUCUUCCCUCAGACGAAGUCUUUACUAACGGAUAGAUGUUCGGGAAUCAGUCACUUGUUAAGCCAGGUGACCAAUUUUUUUGGGAAAGUUAGUGGACCAAGAUACGAUGGAAAGUACUUAAGGUCUCUCACCAAUCGCCUUCUUGGAGAUCGCACUCUCAAUCAAACCUUGGCAAACAUUGUGAUUCCUGCUUUUGAUAUCAAGCUUCUUCAACCAGUUAUUUUUACUACAAAUGAUGCAAGGACGAGCGAGUUAAAGAACCCUCGAUUGGCUGAUGUUUGUAUAAGCACUUCCGCAGCUCCAACGUUCUUACCUGCACACUACUUCGAGACAAGGGAUGCCAAUGGUGGCAUUCGUGCGUUUAAUCUCGUUGAUGGUGGGGUUGCAGCCAACAAUCCAACACUUACCGCCAUCUCUCACAUUACAAAAGAGAUAAGCGUGUUGAGAAAUCAAGAUUACAUAGACAUAGAUCCAAUGGAUACAAGGAGGAUGUUGGUUCUAUCAUUAGGAACUGGCGCACCCAAAAACGAUGAGAGGUUCAGCGCAGCCAAAGCAGCCAAAUGGGGCAUCCUCAAUUGGAUCUUAGAUGAUGGAGCAACUCCUAUCAUUGACAUCUUUGGCCAUGCAAGUGCCGACAUGGUUGACUAUCAUGUUUCUACGCUCUUUCAAUCAUUGAAUACUACAGAAAACUAUCUACGGAUUCAGGAUGACACAUUGACGGGCGAUGUAGCCUCGGUCGAUAUUGCAACGAACGAGAAUUUACAAAAUCUGGUGAGGACGGGAGAGGCUCUACUGAAUAACAACGUUUCGAGGGUGAAUUUGGAGACGGGAAAAUUUGAAGCAGUUGAAGGAGAAGGUACCAACGAAGAUGCACUUGCUCGUUUUGCCCGCUUACUUUGUGAAGAAAGAAACGUGAGACUAGGAGAGUAAGCACUUGGGAUCCUUCAUAUGGGUAUCUACUGCGAGUGGUGUGCUUUACCCUUUGUGUGUGUGCCUCGCAAGUGUUUUCAUUUCAAAUGAUAAUAAUAAUUGUUCUUUUCCUUCUUGUGUUUGUGUGUAUGUUGUAA